AUGAUAGUCUUCAUUUUCCUGGCUAUAGGGCUAUGCCCAGAAAAUGAAUUCACUUCUCACACCAUUGACUGCACAUAUUUAAGAGAGCAAUGCCUAAGUGAUGCGAAAGGAUGUAAACACGCAUGGAGAAUAAUGGAAGGUGCUUGCAGUGUUUCAGGUAACCCCUGCAAGAUGAAGGAUUCACCAAGCUGCAACCUGGGCAUCCAAUCCUUAAUGGAAAGCAAUGUCCAAGUUAAAGAUUGUCUCUGCACUGAUGACCUCUACUGCACUGUUAACAAAUUGCUUGGGAAAAAAUGCAUCAUUAAAUCAGAAGAAUCAGCACUGUCCUCAGAUUUAACUUCACAGUCAAAUAUCACACAGUGGCUCCCUCAGAAAGAUGCAUCACUAAUGGAUGAAAAAAUAAGUGACUGUGUCAAAGCAGCACAGAUCUACCAGGAAUCUGAACACUGCACUCUGUCUUAUGGGAAUUCUAAGAAAACCUGUGGGAGGGAAUCAGCACAAUGCAAGACCCGUGACGGAAGCUGCCUGGGUGCAGCAUUAACAAGUCUGAAAGAAACUAUCUUGUGGAAUUGUCAAUGCAAUGACCCUUCAAAAGUAGAGUGCACUGAAAUUUGAAUGAGUUUGUUUGAAGACAAUUGUAUACAGGAUCCUCAAACAAAGCAAGUUCCAGCUUUCAGUGAAGACUAUGAAGAUGGAUUAAACCAGGACAUGGUUUCCGGAGUGAAAGGGAUCCGGUCCUGUUUGGAGGUGGCAGAGACGUGUGUAGGGGAUGUGGUGUGUAAUGCUCAGUUGGCCCUGUACCUUAAAGCUUGCUCAGCAAAUGGAAAUCUGUGUGAUGUGAAACACUGCCAAGCAGCCAUACGGUUCUUCUAUCAAAAUAUGCCUUUUAAUAUUGCCCAGAUGUUGGCUUUUUUGUGACGUGCUCCAUCUGAUAUACCUUGUCAGCAGUCCAAAGAAGCUCUUCACAGCAAGCCAUGUGCAGUGAACACAGUUCCACCCCCUACUUGCCUCAAUGUAAUUCACAGCUGCCGAAAUGAUGAAUUAUGCAGGGGGCGCUAUAUAACAUUUCAGUCAAAAUGCUGGCAGCUUCUGACUAGAAAGUGCCAUGAAGAUGAGAUUUGCAUCAGCACAUUGAGCAAGCAGGACCUCACUUGCUCAGGAGGCAAUGACUGCCAAGCAGCUUGCACUAGUACCCUUGAGACGGUCCUUCAAGUGCAGUGCACCUGUAGGACCAUUACACAAAGUGAAGAAUCUUUGUGUAAGAUUUUCCAGCAUAUGCUUCAUAGAAAAUCAUGUUUCAGUUAUUUGGCCCUGUCUCAUGACAAAAGCAUAGCAUUGCAUACAAGAAAACAUACAAAGGAAAUAACUCUAAGUGGAUUUCAUUCCCCCUUCAAUGGAGAAGUAAUUUAUGCUGUCAUGUGCAUGACAGUCACCUGUGGAAUCCUUCUCUUGGUCAUAUUCAAGCUGAGAACCUUCAGAAUAUUAAGUCAAACCAGAGAUCCUUCACCAGUUCAAAUACCUGGAGGACUCAUGGUUCAUUAA